AUGGGUCUUAACAAGAAAAAAAACAAAACCAAUCCAGGAGCUGUAAAUCGAGAAAAUGACAACAACAAUCAUCAUUACACGAGCAACUUAACUAUAAUGAUCCAACAACAACAUCUGUCGUCAUCAAAUCAUUCUUAUUUGGUAGCAGUUCAGCAGCAAGAUGAUAUAAUGACUGGACCAAGUAACGCUGUUAUAGCAGAUGAAGAUUUGAUAACUGAAAACUCGAUAUUGUUAGGCAAUUCAUCUAGACACAGCAACAAUUAUGGAAAUAAGACAACCUCGGCGAUGGAAGAUAAUGAUUACUGGUUUCCAUUUCGUGGUGAUUGUAACAUGUUAUCAUCAAGGAUAGCGGUAUUUCCCCAUACGCAUCACCAUCACAAUAACGAGGAUGAAUUUGGAAGAUAUAAAUAUAUUAGCAUGGUGAUGUUUUUUACCAGAGAGAAAAUGGUUAAAGAUAAUCUUGAUGAGGAGGAACCGGAACGACUUAAAAUGGUAGUUUACACAACAAUAUUUGCUUAUGCUCUAACCACCAUAUUAACUGGUAUUGGACUUUUAUUAUUUGUGGUAUUCAAGUCUUUGAUUGAAAAUGGAUGGAUAUUUGAUUUAGACGAUCAAAUUACAAUGUCUGAAUUCUACUCUGAUUUCCGUAAUUGGGAGGCAAUAAUAAAAACUACUCCAAUAAUGCUCACCCUUGCAUACUUUACAAUACUAAGUGUUAAUGUAAACAUUAGUAAAUUGGAGGCUUCACUUUAUGACCAUCAACUAAACACAGAUCGUGAACUGAUUGUUCAAGGAGUCUCUAAUUUAAUUGCUGGACCUUUUCAAGCUUCAUUGGAGCAUGAAGAAUCAGUUUUAUUGAUUAAAUCGAGAGUGAAUAAUCGAGUUGUGGGGCUGAUACUUGCAUUUUGUAUUGGUAUAACAGUAUAUUUUGGACAAAUAUUAUUAUUCAUUCAAUACAUUCCUACAAUAACUGUAGGCACAGUGAUUUUCUAUUUGGGAAUGGAGAUGAUACGGGAGGCAUUGGUAGACUCGUGGAAAAUUUUCAAUAAGUUGGAGUGUUUGAAUGUCAUAGCCACAAUGGUUGCAAUGACGUUUAUUGGGUUCAUUAAAGGAAUAUUUAUAGGAAUUGCAAUCUCUUAUAUAUCUUUCAUGAUAUUGAAUUAUCAAAGGGGAGCAGUUAGAUCAACAUUUUCAGGGAAUUCUGUUAGAUCUUCUGUCAGGAGACAUUAUCGAGACCAAAAGUUUCUCGAAAAAAUUGGUAGCCAAAUCUAUGUAAUGAUGUUACAAGGCUAUAUGUUUUACGGAUCAAUGAAAGGAGUUGAAAACGUUAUAAAGAAGAUUUUGAUUGAUCGUGAACAGAAAGCCAAACCAAUUAGAUUCUUGAUUUUAAAUAUGCUUCAUGUCACUGGACUCGAUGUUAAUUCUGUACAUGUGCUUGAAAGCAUUCAAAAACAUCUUCAACAUCGAAAAAUAUAUCUUGUAAUCUGUGGAAUAUCAUAUAAAUCUCAGCAAGUUUAUAUACCGUUUACGAAGUUAUCAUUUUGGAAGGAUGCUCAAAAUGAUUAUGUAAAGUUUUGUGGUAAAUCUAAUGAUGCAUUAGAAUGGUGUGAAAAUUCACUUUUGGGAGCUUAUUAUGCUAAACACAGACUGUUAUUCAGUAAUAAUCGACUUGUUGGAGUACAACAUCAGGCCAUACCAUCUUUAGUUAAUGAUGAGUCUCCUUGCAAUCAUCAAUUCGAAGAUGCUGGAAGGAGUGUAUUUGGAAAUGAACUUUGUCUUGAAAGCGAAAACGAACUUGUAAACACUCUGAUGAAAGUAUUUAAGGAAAUUACCAAUGAAAAAGAGGAAUUUUUUGAUUUUAUAGCUUCAUAUUUUACAAAAGAGGAAGUACAAAGGGACUCACAACUGUGGUCACAAGGUGACGAUCCAAAUUGUAUAUAUGUGGUUGAGGAAGGACAAUUGAGCACAUACAUUUCGGUAGAAAAUAACGAACCAAUUGUAAUGGAGAGAAUCUUACCACUUACUAUGAUAGGUGAAUUGGGAUUUUUCACUAAAAAUCAACGACCAACAAAUUUGGUAACGAAUACUCCUUGUAUUUUAUGGCAAAUGGAUCAUGCUGCUUAUUUGAGGAUGAUGGAACAUGAUUAUAAUUUAGGAGCUGAUUUUAUAAAGUUGGCAGUGAAAUCCUCUGUAGAAAGGUUACGUAAUUUGAAUCAUUAUGCUUUUGAUUAA